AUGGCUCUUUUUGAGCUAAUUGCUACAAUCUUCUCCCUUUCCACACUCCUUUCUCUCAUGGGGAAGAGAAGGGCGUCCACGGAUGAAGCUGGGCCUAGCCGCCCAACUCGUCCGAGGAAGAAAACGGGCGCUGAGGCAAGCACGAGCGCCGAGCAAGAAAGGAGAUCAAAACGGGAUCUUAACCCGCUGGUCCCCAUUGAAAGAUCGCUACCGGCGGGCAUCGAAUUAGGUAGGUUUUGUAACCGUAGAGUGGUAUUUGAGGCUCAUGUCGAUGAAAAGCUAUUUGGACUGCUUGAUGAAUAUGGGGAUGAGAUUGAGGAGGAGAGUGAGGAGGAAGAAGGGAGUGAAGAUGAGGAAGACAAUGAUGAGGAAGGCAGUGGCAAGGAGAGCACUGAGGAAGGAAGCGAUGAGGAAGAGCAGGAAGAGGAAGAAGGGGAGGCCCAAGAUCUGCAUAGGGAGCCUCCUACUGCUACGCAUGACAACCGCCAUGAUCGGGCCGCCUUGGAAGCCUGUAUGGCUCAGAUUGAAGAGAAUCAGGCCGCCCUAAGAUAG